UUGGGUACAACAGCUAAUGUUUACGAGGUUAUAGAUGUGUAGCCAUUUCACAACACUAGAUGUCACUAUUGAUAUUGUCCCGUGUCCUUCAGGUGUGUCUCCAUUGCGCGUGAAGGCCUAUGAUGAAACAGCUGAAGUUACAGACCUAGAAGUCCAUUUAGAUCAGUGGCUUUUGGUUGACAUCAUGUUAUUAUUUAAACCAGUUUCAAACAUGUUUAGCUGUUUUCCCAGUUAUAGAUUAAGUCUUGUCCUGACUAAGUAGAUAUUUCAAUAGAUAAUCUUCAUUGAACAUGGAUUUUAGUCCAGGACCAGGCUUAUUAAACUGUGCCUGGUAAACGGACCCUAAAUGUCAUAAUUUGCAUGCGUUUUCUAUUAAUGUAGUCACAGGUCUAAUGAUAACCUUUCGUAAGUCCUUUAUUCACUUUCAUUCAAAUGAUACAGAAAGAGACACAAUAUAAUCAUAUCAGCAAUAUAAUGUUAAGCAAUGCACUUUUUAUGUUAUUUUUCUAAGUAAAAUGCCUAAAGAGUCAACAAAUUAGACACAUGAUCAUUUAGCCCACAUUAGUUUGUUGUAACUGUAUAACCCAUGUAUGGUUUCAACCACUGUAAGUAUUAACCAUUAUAAUAAGGUGUAUAGCAUAUAAACAUGUUGUAAUAGGUAUGUCUACUGUAUAGGCGUGGUCGAGGCAGGCUAUAUAAAUCGUGACGCCUCUAGUCUGGCGCUCCUUCCACUCUUCCCCAAUAGGCAAAGGCUGUGUUUGAGUGCGCAACGGCUACCCGAGACGCGCCCGGCAUCUUGAAUAAGAAAGUCGCACUGAGAACCGAAGGAAUAGGCAGGAACGUUUCAGGAGAACAAAUAUUGACUACGUGGACAAGAGAAAGGAAAACGACAUACAGUGCUUUUUACAGAAUUACAGUUGGUGGUGAUUGAAGUUUGAAGACAUGAGGAUUCUACGAGUUGCGCUCCUGCUCGUCCAUGCUUUUGUGGUGUCGAGGUUGGUGAGUGGAGCUGUGGUGGACAGGUAUGAGAAUGAGAGGUCGCAGCACACAGCAGUUAUAAACCUGUUGGAUGUCCUGAGCGACAGAAGGAUGGAGGGAGGGAUGGAGAAGAGUAAGCACGGAGUGGAGGGUCCAGUGUUGGAGGAGGAUGGAAGCGAGGAAGAGGAUGAGGAGUACUAUGAUUACUACCAUGAAGACGACGAAGAUGCAUCAGGGGACUAUGGGGUGGAAUUACCUCGAGUUGCAUUGUCGACUAAACCUAAAGACCCAUCGGCCAUCCUGGAAGCUGAGAGGAGUGAGGGGAAGAGGAGGAGAGGAGGAAAGGGGAGGAAGAAGGGAAAAGGAAAAAAGAGGAACCCUUGUCUGAAGAAGUAUAAGAACUUCUGUAUCCAUGGCAGCUGUCAUUACCUGAGGGACAUCAAAGCUCCAUCAUGCAUAUGUCGUCCCAGUUACUCUGGGGAGCGGUGUCACCUGUUCACGCUGGCUUCAGAGGGGAGGGACGUGGGAGGAUACAGCAGGACCACAGCUCUGGCUGUGGUGGCAGUGGUGUUGUCUUCUCUCUGUCUAACCAUCAUAGGCCUGCUGCUGGUGCUCAGGUUUCACAAGCGAGGAGCGUACGAUGUAGAGAAUGAGGAGAAGGUGAAACUGGGGUCAGCACCCAACCACUGAAGAGCUGGAGAGAAGGGACAGGAUAGGGAAAUUCUACCUCAAAAUAAAAAAGAAGAAGUGGAAAAAAAGCCAAGAGUGAACCCAGAGAGACUUGGAAGGUAUGGAAGAGAAGGGGGACUGGAUGGGCGUGACCUGUACAUAUAGCCCCAUCCCUUUUCACUGAUGGACAGAUGUGAUUGGGUAGCUCAGGAUUCUGAGGUAGUCCCUGCCACCUAUCAGGAGAGAGCCUGCCUAAAACUGGAACUCUGAUUGGCUGGGAGAAAAGACUGAAGUUGUGAUGAGCAUAUGGAAGCUGAGAGGAAAAGGAGGAACGUUUCUGGGCCCGUAUCCACAAAGCAUCUCAGAGAAGGAGCCUUUAGAUCAUAAUGAAUAAGAUUAUAUGGACAGACCUUAGAUCAGCACUCCUUCUCUGAGAUGCUUUGCGGAAACGUCCCUGGACUCAGUGCUGCUUCUUGUUAAAAAGACUACCAGGAGUCUCAGACUGAAAGGACACCAUCUUCUCUUCAUCUGCCAGAAACAGAGAGAACCCUGGUCUUUCUUCAACAGGAGUGUUGUUUUUACCAAUCAACAUUUGUAUUUUCCUGCACAUGUUCGUUCGUUGUCAUUUUCUAGUGUACUGUAAAACUUUAAUUUAUACCAUAUACUUCUCUUUUAAUGUAUUUAUUAAUGUGUUGAUGUUGCUGUAUUUAUGCAGAUAUUUAACUGCUUCGUCCACCCAAGAUGCACUGCCAGUUUGUAAAGAUUAUCUAUAAGGUCAUCAUUGUGUUUUUAUAUUUAAAUGUUAAAGCAUAUUUAUUGAUAAAAAUUUAAGAUAAAAGUAUUUAAAAAAUGUACAGUAAUUUUGGAGAAAUAGACAUUCAAAGUAAGUGUCCUCUUGGUCUCAUAGGGAUACCUGAUUGCUGACUUUGAUGUAUCGGCACUCUGGUUACAGGCUGCUGAGAACACACACCACUGUGCUUGGUUGGUUGAUUGAUUGACUUAUUAAUUGAUUGAUUAAACAGCUCUGUGGUGUAUUCCACCAAUGGA